GUGAAGAGGACUGGUGGUGCCCCUCCUCCAUCACCUCCCAAGUUUACAGAAGAACAUGAGACUGUUGCCUCCAUGAUCUCUGGAGAACUCAACAUGGGCGAGGAUGUCUUUGACACUCUUGCCAUUCAAGAUGGGCAUCCAGUGGAUGAGGCAGGCACUCCCAUCAUGGAUGUUACUUUCACUGUGAGUGGAAAACUGCCACUGACAGAGGUCCCCUCUGCUACUUCUGCCGCUGAAUGUGCUGAAGCACCUGCACCUCCUAGUGCUUCUGCAUCUUUCCAGCCAGAAGCUUCAUCCUCUGCAUCCACUGCACCAUCACUAACUACAUUUACAUGUAAUGUGGCCUCCUCUUCUGCUGCCCCACGGCAGAGGAGGAAAUUUGAUGCAGAGUACCAGGCCUGUCGGAAGCAGCAGGAUGAGUAUCACCAACUCCUUCUUCAACAGACCAGAGAGGAGCACGACCAACACAUGAAACUGUACCAGUUUCACAGGGAGGUGUUGCAGCGGCAGCUAGAUGUCUUCACGGAGACUUGGCAUCAUAUCCGUGAGGCAGCAGACACCUGCAAAGCCAAAUUUUUGGACAGUUUGGGGAAUGCCGGAGAGUAACAUCCAUGAUGGGAUUGCCUGCCUCAUCAACUGCAUGCCCAUCUUGUAUUGUAAGAGUGUCAAGGACACACUCGCCCAUACUGAGUUCUCCAGAAAUCAUGGAGGCAACGGCCUCGUGUUCUUCGGAAAGCUUGGGAGGUGAUUGAGGAGGGCCACCACCAGUCUUCUUCACCGUUAGCAUGUAAGCUCCCCCCAACAUCACUACCUAUGAAUUUAUCUAAACAUUUUAUUAAUGUGUUCAUCUUAUUGACUCUCAUAACAUGAAGGCCAGGCCUGUUCCACUCAUUCUCUUGUUGGUAAAGUAUUUUUUUGCCUAUGACCCUGUGGAAUCUGAAUUUAUCAAAUUUAAACCCAUUAUUACAUGUCCUACCCAGCUCUCUUACCAUCAGAACCUUAUAAAUAUCCCCCUUAUUAAAGCCCUUCAUCCAUUUAUAAACUUCGAUCAAGUCUCCUUGCACCCUUUGCCUCUCUAGAAAAUGCAAGUUUAAUUAACUGUUCGAGUCUCCUCAUAUGUCAAGUUUUUUAACCCGUAAAUCAUCUUUGUCAUCCUCCACUGUACCAAUUCUAACAUUUUGAUACCCAUUCUACAAUUAUGAAGGUGACCAGAAAAAAAAAAAACAUUAUCAUGAUAAGAUCUAACUAAUGCUAAAUAUAGCUUGAUGACAUCAGCACUUGUUGCUUACUCUCCUUGAAAUGAAUCCCAAUACCCUAUUUGCACAAUAUCUAGGAUGAAUGCAUUGUGCUCUUAGAUGGAGAUCAGAGGUCAUCAAGAUCCCUGAAUUCCUCUCACACCUUGAUCUUCUUAGGGGAGUGUCAUUUAACCAAUAAUUAUGAGGGGUUGUUCCUAUAUACACUCAGAGUACUGCACUUCCAGAUGUAUAAAUAAAAACCAACACUGCCACCAUCUUCAGUGGUCUUUCUUUACACCACUGAAGAUGGUGGCAGUGUCCACCGAAACUGUUUAGUUAAAAAUAUAACUAUCGUCUGCCAGUGUGGGUUUUUAUUUAUACAUCAAGAAUAUUACGUCAGAGUGAUUAGCCCAUUCUUUGCACUUCCAGACAUUGAACUCCAUCUGCCACUUUCCUGCCCAUUCACGCAAUCUGUCUAGUUCAUCCUGGAGAAUACUAGCGACCCGAUCCGACUCAAUUACUCUGCCAAUCUCUGUAUCAUCAGCAUUUUAGCAUAUAUUGCCAACAUUAACUAGUGUUAGUAGUAGUAGUUGUAGUAGGAAAUACAUUAUAUUCAGUGAUGUUUGAUAAAUAUUUUUGUUCAUUUAUUUAUAUCAUGAUUAUGUACGUAUAGGCUUCAG